AUGUUGCCCAAGGCCUGGCUCUCCGUUUUUGUCUUGACUGUCGCAUCGUCGGCCUUUACCCUCGAGGAUCUACACAUGGACGGUAUCAACCAGUACCUCCAUCAGGGCAAGAGGCAAGACGCCGAAGGCACUGGCGGCUCAUCACCAUCCGCCACGCCCGCGCCAUCCUCAGCAGCACCACCAGCGUCCUCCGCCGCACCACCUGCCACAUCGUCGGCCGCACCUCCAGCAACAUCCGCGACUCCCGACCCAGAACCCUCAACCACCAACAACCCACCGCCGUCGGACAAUCCCACAUCCGACGCUCCCGCACCUUCGACUACCGCUGCCGCACCCACUUCUGAUGGCGGCAACAAUAACAAUAAUAACAACAGCAACAACAACAACGACGCUUCAACAACCGCGGCGGGCACGAGUCGCACUGGUGGAGGUGGUGGCGGCGCCGCUAACUCACCAACGGCCACCGAAGAUGGCAGCUCUUCCGUAAGAACGACCGCGAUUGUCAGGACUUCCGCUCUCUUCGCCACCUCGGUGUUCGAGUAUACCACGACUCUCGACACAACCCUGAGCGAUGGCAGAGUAACCAAAGCGACUUCGACAGGCACCAGCACUUCCGUCUCCUCCACCGGUGAAGCCGUCGUCACCGACCCGCCCACCGCACAAGCAGGUGACAGCGACAACGGCGGUGGCAUUAGUGACUCCAACAAGAAAGUUAUCGGAGGUGUAGUUGGUGGCGUUGGUGGAGCCCUACUCCUCGGUGGCAUCGCCCUCGUCUUCUGGCGCAUGAAGAAGCGCCAAGCACGUGUCCACGAAGACGACGACGACCUCAUGGCCGGCACUGGCUCAGCCCUCGGCGACAAGCCUCAGAACGGCACCGGUUCAUCGCCCUUCCAGUCGAACCUGGAGCAGUACCACAACCCAGGAGGACGCCCCAACGCAGCUGCCAACUUCUAG